AUGUUCAAGCCCAGACUCAAGUACAAGAAUGGCAAUGGCGCCGAUGAGGACCUGAGCAAGGUCCUCGACGACCCUGAGCAUCCAUGGGACAAGGUCGCGUAUGUGGCCCCGAAGAAGGUCAACAAGGCCAAGCGUCGGGACGCCCGCGUCGAGCGCCGCAGCGACAACCACGCCACCGCCCAUCUCAUCCUUUCCGACCAGAACACCGACGUCCGCGAGAUCUGCGAGUCAGCGACCUCUUAUGGCUGCGACAUUUUGUUGAUGAGACAAAAGCUCUUCUGUGACAUGGAGCACAGGCAGUUUUAUCCUCUAUGCGACGUGUCUGUUAUUACGAAGUGCUUCGAUAUCGACCAGAAGAAGCUUGUUGGCGCGCCGGGCCUGAACAUGCGCAAUGAAGAAGUGAUCAAGAUGCGAUUUGGAAGGUCUUACAACACUACCAAUCUCUGGAAGUCGUGGGCUAUAAAGUUUGGUUGCUUUAUGGUCCAGUUUAGGAAUUAA